UGGAUACGAACACGAGGUCAGGAACUUAGGUCCCGACCACUCUGUGUACCAGCUCGCGGAGUUGCCGAGAUCUGGGCAAUACUGUUAUCGCCUCAACGACCAGUCGUCGAGACUCUGGCGUGUCCCUACGUCCCAUCAUUGUGCGGUACCUUCAUAGCCCCGAAGCUGGCGUGACUCGUCAUGUCAGCCAGGGCAGCGUCUGGCAGAUUCGUCAACUCUAUACGAUGCCUACCCGGAUUGCAAUGUGGGUGCCUCGACCAGUGUCAGCCGAGAUGACAAGCCCAACGUCCAGACUUUCCAGCACAUAAACGCCAAUAAUCCACCGGUUCGCUGACCGUCAUGACAACAGUCAGAUUCGGAAUAAAACCUGGUAGGCGUCACCAUCGUAUUCGAUUUUCAGCGCCUGGGCUGAUGCAUAGUCUCUUUAAAUCAACAAUGCAGCCGCAUUCUGGGCCUGGCUCCCUCUCAGCGCCCCGUUCUGUCCUAAAAGCCUACUACUGUCUGCCCAUCUCUGCCCACUGAGGAAGUCCAUCUGCUCUGUGCUCAAAGCCUUCCAGAAACUAAGGCACAUCCCAUGGCUUCCAGCAAAUUGCGUGCCAUUAUAGUUGGUGGUGGGAUUGCCGGACUGACAUUAGCCAACGCUCUAGAAAAGGCAGGCUUCGACUAUGUACUCCUGGAAAGAUUGGAGGAAAUCGCUCCUCGUGUUGGGGCGUUCGUCGGCAUCACAGUCAACGGGCUACGCAUAUUAGACCAACUUGGCUGCUACGAGGCCAUCGAGGACAACAACGCUUCGAUAGAGAUGCUCUACAAUCGCAGAUGGAAAGAUGGCAGCUUUGUUCGAGGAAUCGAUGCAUUGAUACGCGAUCGUAAGAGGUUCGGCUAUCCUUUUCUUGUGAUGGACCGACAUUUCCUCUUGCAAACAUUAUACGAUAAUAUCGAAGACAAGUCUAGGAUAGUUCCCGGCAAAAAGGUCUUCAAAGUGGAGCAUUCCGAUGAGGUUGUUUCCGUGGAAUGCAAUGACGGUUCGACGUACACAGGGGACCUUGUAAUCGGUGCCGACGGUGUCCACAGUAUCGUACGCCAGGAGAUGUGGCGACACAUGGAUGAGAGCGGGGCCGGCCUGCUGGUCUCUAAAGAGAGGACCUUGAUGUCCGCCGAGUACAAGUGCAUGUACGGUGUCUCGCCAGCUACUGAAGGCUUCAGUCCCGGGACUUUCAACAGCAACGUUGGACGAGACAUGUCCUUUCUGUGGACAGUGCACAAGGAUGGUCGGGUAUUCUGGGCUGUCUUCCAGAAACUGGAUAAGAAAUAUCACAUGCCCAACAUACCGAGAUUUACGGAGAAAGAUGCUCUAGCUCUUGGGGAGCAUUGCAAAAGCUCAUAUAUGACCGAGAAGGUCAAAUUCCGAGAUUUGUGGGAGAAUCGAAUGAGUCAUAUUCUCAUCCCCCUCGAGGAAGCAUUCUACAAGCACUGGAACUGGGGCCGUUUUGCGUGCAUCGGUGAUGUAGUGCACAAAUGGACUCCCAGUACGGGCCAGGGAGCAAACAAUGCUAUUGAAAGCGCGGCAGCAGCGGCCAAUGCUCUCUAUAGACUCGCACGUCGCAAGACGCCUUGUUCAAAGAGAGAUGUUCAAGAGGCACUAUCCGAAAUUCAGAAACAUCGCGAGAUUCGAGCGAAGAACCAUUUCACAGCCACUGGAGACCUGACAAGGUUGGAAGCGAUGAAAACACCCAUGCAUAGAUUCAUGAUGACCUACAUUGUACCUCAUUUGAGCGACGCUCUUGGGGAUCAGCUGUCAUGGGCCAACAUUGGUGCUGAGAAGCUCGAAUAUCUCCCCGAUCCACCAAAGUCUCUGAGCGGAAUAAUGGCUUUCAACCAGAACUACGGACCCGGCGGUAAGAGUCUGUUAUUGCGCAGGAUGGUCUUUGCCUGUCCACUUCUGAUGCUGUCCUACUUUACGUACGCAAUCUUCAGCAGCAUCAUCUCCGAAGCGGCAGUCCGGAGCGCCAACCGCGCGAGCACAUCUUCUGGCAAGCUCAACAAUGACAAUCACAGCUGGGACGCACCUAUCCGGAUUAAACCAUUCAUUGACUCGCUUACGUUCUUCUCGCCUUCGCUCUUCAACAUCUACCCUGUUCAUCGGUUGCAGGCGAUAACACUCUUGAUCGAUCUAGCUCCGCUGUGGUUCAUUUGGAUUCUGGAGAGCCACCGCGAGGGCAACGCUAUGAAGCUUAUCACAGUGCCUAUAGUAUUCGGCUUGGCGUUCCAGCGUUUCGGUAUCGGUGUUGUUGGACCCAUCUGGUUCUUCCUGCACUACAUAUCGUGUCCAUUGUCCGACUAUGCAGGUCUUGAUUGGCGACUAGUGAACGUUGCAGCUGCCAAAACCGCUCUGCCGGCAAUUUUGGCUACGACGACCCUACCGACAUUGGCAAUGUACUUUGAUCCGAACUUCCAUCGGCGACUGGCUAUCAACGCCGUAUGGCAGGCAUUCCCACUAUGGACCAGUGUCAUACACUACAUCCUACGCAAGACGGCCAUCGCCGACACGACCAAGCAUGACCGCAUCUACAAUGUCUACGCGGACCUGCCGUCCAUCCGUUUUGCGAUCAAGGUACUGGCCGGCAUAUCAGGCCUCACGUUCAACUGGGUGAGAUGUACAUCACAUGUCCCUAUUUCGAGGAUCUUCUUCCCGAACUGGGCCCUCAUCGAGACACUGCUUCGAUCUGCGCCAGCCAGUCUCGAUUUCGUCCCUGCCAUGUCAACAUUCCUCCAAGUCGACGAAACUGUAUGUUUUAUUGGAGCCUUCUUCUGGAUGGCACUGCUCUUCUAUGACCUUAAAGAAGCGGAGAUGAUUGGUACCAGCUGGUAUAGGUUGGCAUUGUGUGCUUGUCUUGGGACGUUUGUGGCAGGCCCGGGAGCCACGGUGUCCCUGGGCUGGCUUUGGAGAGAAGAAAUACUGGCUGUCAAGAAGGCCAAAGGAUCAGUGGGUACGGAGUACCUGGUUCAGUCGGAAAUAAGCAUUGGGAGACACGCGGGAUCUUUGUAAGGCUGCAUCAAAAUGCAAGUAGUACCUAGUAGUAUUCGAUUUGGGGCGAUUGUGUGGAUGGCUCGUUUGAGAGAACUACUUUGAGG